ACAGGAACCAUGUAUGUUACUGUGUACAGUAAAUGUCAUACUUCUUAGUUUCAUAUCAGUUUCUGUGGAUUAGAGGAAGAAACAAAUCCCUUGUAGUAGACACCUGCUUUAUUCUGUCUGAAUUUCAACAGGAUGCCAGGAACAUUAGUGCCAGAGAUGUCCUCUCCUUACAAGACUUUACAUGAUAGCUAUGUUCCCAACCGAAGGGGCUCAAAACGGCUUGUGUCUAUAGCUGUGGUUGUGGGAUGUUUGACUGCUUUGGGUGCACUGCUCUCCUUUUCUAUAUUGGACAAGUGCACAGAAGAAGAGCAUUUCCAAAAUGACAAGCUCUUCCAAGAAACAAGAACAGAUCAAAAUAACAUUUCUGAUGAGCAAAGCCGAAUUAUCCUUGUAGAGAGCAUUCCCCUGUAUAUGAAAUAUGACGACAAUGCAACCUUUGGGACCCCAGUGGACAAGGCCUGGAGAGAUCUCCUGUCCAUGGCAACUAACCAAGUCGAUGUGGCUUCCUUCUACUGGACUCUUACCGGUGAUGACAUCAAUAUGAACUCUUCCACUGACUUACCUGGAAAGGACAUACUGGAGCAGCUUGGAGCUUUGCCUUCCAGAAACGUAUCAGUGAGGGUUGUGACGAGUAUUCCCUCUAUGCUGACAAACUCCACAGAUCUACAAGUUCUGAGACAGAAAGGAGUCCAAGUAAGAAAGGUGCACUUUGGGCGUUUGACUGGGGGUGUACUCCACAGCAAGUUCUGGAUUGUUGAUAGGAGACACAUAUUCCUUGGAAGUGCCAACAUGGAUUGGAGGGCUCUUACACAGGUUAAGGAACUGGGAGUGGUGAUCUACAACUGCUCCAGUCUGGCUGAAGACCUCCAAAAGAUAUUUGAGUCCUACUGGGUGAUGGGUCAUUUCAACAGCUCCAUCCCAGACCCUUGGCCCUCCAAAUAUGACACUGCCAUCAACAAAGAGCAUCCCUUGCUGCUGAAGGCUGAUAAUGUUUCAAGCAAAAUCUACAUUACAGGUUCUCCUCCCUCUUUCUGCCCAACAUCUCGGACUCAGGACCUGAAUGCCAUCCUCUCAGUGAUAUCAGGGGCGCAGCACUUCAUUGAUGUGGCAGUCAUGGAGUAUUUUCCCACCACACGCUUCAUACACCCUCAAAGGUACUGGCCGGCCAUUGAUGAUGCAUUAAAGAGAGCUGCUUUUGAGCGGAAUGUUAAGGUCCGUCUGCUGGUCAGCUGUGGACGUGAUUCUGAUCCAGCCAUGCUACCUUUCCUUCAGUCUCUAGCCUCCCUGAAUUACCCUGCCCAUAACAUCAGCAUUCAAGUGAAACUGUCCAUUGUGCCAGUAGGGAACCAGUCAGAGAUUCCCUACUCCAGAGUAAACCAUAAUAAAUACAUGGUGACUGAUAGAGUGGCAUAUAUUGGGACGUCUAACUGGUCUGCUGACUACUUCAACACCACAGCUGGAGUGGGGCUGGUGGUUUCCCAACACACACCAAACUGGCCCUGGGGGACCCAGGCUCUGCAGGGGCAGCUCAGAGCAGUGUUUGACAGGGACUGGCACUCUCAGUUUACUGUAUGUUUUGCUGACUUGGGCCAUCACCCUGAUUGUGCACUCUCAAAAGGAUAGGUGCUUUGACUACCAUCCAUACACUUAGCUAUAACAAUGUUUACUUUAAGUAUGGCUUAGGGAAAUAACAGUAAGCCUGUUUGGCUGCUUUUCCUAGCCUUGGGUUGUUUCUAUAAGGGACGUUGCAACUGAACACAUGAUUUGCAUCAUCGUUUGUUAGGCCACUUGUUACCUUUUUUUCCUACUGAAAAUGUACUUUUGGAUUGUUUCAUACUUCACUGUGUUACCUUUCACAAGCUGAUAAAUGCAGUUUCGUGAUGUGCUUUAUUGCUAAUUAUUUUUGCAACGAAAUUGUAUUAUACAAGUUCAUUAAUUUGAAAUAAAGGCAGAAAAAGACUGA